AGAAGACCCACAAGACGCAAACAGCUCUCCGUCUUACUCCGGGUUUUUGUCUUGGUGUCAGUAUCAAAUGAUACUGAUGAGGAAAUUUUUUUCUUAAUGGUAAAUGGUUUUCCUUUCCCAUGGUAAAAGUUUCAUGACUUGGACUUACACUUAAAACUCAGUGAUCUGGAUUUUACCGUUUUGCUCUUUAAUAUCAAAGGAAAAGACACUGGUUCACAACAGUGUAGUGUAUUGUUUUUACACUGGUGUGUGAAAGAUGUGGGGCUGUAUAAAAGAUUUCUUCACUUAUGAGACGACAAAGUCUGUGGUGGUGAAGAGCUGGACCAUCGGCAUCAUCAACCGAGUUGUUCAGCUGCUCAUAAUCUCUUACUUUGUUGGUUGGGUAUUUUUGUAUGAGAAGGCCUAUCAAGAAAGAGACACUGCUAUCGAAUCAUCAGUGAUGACUAAAGUUAAAGGAUUUGGCGAGCACCACAAUAAAACCAUGGAUGUUGCUGACUUUGUCACACCUUCACAGGGAGCCUCAGUGUUUUGCAUCAUUACUAAACUCAUCACCACAGAGAACCAGGUGCAGGGCUUGUGUCCUGAGAGUGAGGGAAAAUUUAAAUGUGAACAUGAUGACAACUGCACAAAAUUAAUGUCAAAGCCAGGCUCAAACGGUUUGUUAACAGGAAAGUGUGUGAACUAUGGUUCUAUGAAGACAUGUCAGAUCAGAGGAUGGUGUCCUGCGGAGAUAGAUGACGUCCCAAUAAAGCCUAUGAUGGAGGUUGAGAACUUCACCAUAUUUAUCAAGAAUAGCAUUCGCUUUCCCCGCUUCAACUUCACAAAAGGAAACUUCUUACCCAACAUCAACAGCAGUUAUAUAAAGAAAUGCAAUUUCGACUUUGAACAAAACACUUACUGCCCUAUAUUCAAGGUGGGAGAUGUGAUCCGCUUUAGCCAUCAGAACUUCACCACACUGGCUAAUAAAGGUGGUGUGAUAGGCAUAAAGAUAGCCUGGGUGUGUGAUCUGGAUAGAUCAGAAGACGACUGUAAGCCUGCAUACUCCUUUACUCGUCUGGAUGCCAUGUCUGAGAAAACCAGUGUAUCGCCAGGAUACAACUUUAGGUUUGCAAAGUACUUUAAGAUGGAGAACGGGACGGAGUACCGCACUCUGCUGAAGGCAGUCGCUAUCCGUUUUGAUGUGAUGGUCAACGGAGAUGCUGGGAAAUUUAAUAUGAUCCCAACUCUAAUCAAUAUGGUGGCUGCCUUCACUUCUGUGGGUGUGGGGGCUGUCCUUUGUGAUAUCAUUCUUCUGAAUUUCCUGAAAGGAGCUGAUCUGUACAAAGCAAGGAAAUUUGAAGAGGUGUCAGACUCACACAUUGAAAAAUCACUCUCCUACAACAGUGGCAUGUACCGGACCCGAGAUCAAAGCCAGCUGUCAAUCAGACCAGAAGACAAAUUCUCUAAUGACUCGGGGGCUUUUUCUAUCGGCCAGUAUGGUUAACAACAUCUUUGGAACCUUGUCCAGUAACAAUUAAACACCCCGCACAAAUUCACUUGUAGCUUAAUAUAAAUAUGCACUGUAAAUAGCUGUAAGGUAUCACAUUCUAGUACUGAUUUUAAUAUACGAGGUGUCCUAUUAGUAAUAAAGCAGAGAUUUCACAUCCAAGCAGAAGAAAAUGCUAAUAAUUUACACUCAACAAUCAACAAUUUACUAUAUAUGCCAAUUCAUUAAAGCUAUGCAACAACAUAGAGUAUAUGCAGUUGUGCAGUGACCAAAGAUUGUUAAACAAAACAAAAUCUUCUAUUUUAAAUUCUUUGUAGUAGUCUGGAUUUUCCUAAAGACAAAUAUUUAGGUUAAAACAAAAACCUUUUUAAGGCCAUGAGUCCUAACUUUUGACUGAUACAGCGUGUGUAGAAUAUUGUGUUCACAAAACAAAAACUUCACAGUAAAGAUCCUGUCUGUUUGAUGCUGGUAAUACCUGUCUUAGCAAAUGAAAUAAUCUAAACUUAAAAAGUACAACGACUGACUGCUAAUAACCUUCCAAAGUUUGCUACUACUUCUACAGAGUAAUCAUAACUUCAGAAACAAAGCUAUUCAGAUUUGAUACUAGGAAUAAAUCAAAGCACGGCAUGAUGUUAUAGGAAAAUAAUCAGCGAUUUCUAAAAUUUCUUUUAAUUAGAAAAUUGCAUAUUUUCUCCUGCUGUCACUUACACUCUCUUUAUCAGCACUCCCUCUCUAAAAUCUGAGGAAAACCUAAAGUAUACAGCUGUACCUCUGACUAGAAAUCACCACUGGAGACUACUUCCAAAGAUGCUAAAUUAACAUAUCUACUAUUACACACAUAACCGUUUACAUGGAUUAACCAACUUUUCAUAGAUUAGCCUACUAUAGAUGCUAUAGAAAGAAUAGCUGCUGUUAUACAACAUUAAUAAAUACCUUCUGAUUAAUAAGUACAGUAAUGAAAUUCAAUCCUGAAACUGCUUAUUGUUUUGGUAAUUGCCCUAUUACUUUUCGGACACCCUGUAUUUAAACGCUUCAGUGUCAGGUGUAAUAUCUGCAUGGUCAUUUUCAGGCCUAUAGCAAUAGAAGACCAAAGUAACUUAAAGCAUAAAGUAGCACUGUGAGUAGACAUUUGAAUAUCCACAAUUACACAAGUAGUACCACUAUUUAGCAAUUUAGUGAUAGAAAUCAUAUUAGUACAAUCUUUAAAAAUAUUUGAAACAGGGUUCAAGGCUUUAUGAGCUAUUACUUCAUUUAAGUGUGUUAACAUGAGCAUUACUGAUACUGAGUUAAAUUGUUAUUUUAACUCUUGCUUUAGGUACUUUAUUAGGUAGCUAUUUUUUGUUGCAUGUGUAUAAAAAAAUCAUACUAUUACAUAAAAUGGUAAGACUUUUGAAGACAUUGCAGGUGUUGGAAUAAAAUUAGUUUGGAAAGAUUGUAGAGAAAAAAAGCAUUGUAGCAGAAGUGUGUGUAGGCUUCACCUGAAUCUGUUGGUUCACUAUUCCCUCAUUUCCACUAUAUUUUCUAAAUCAAUGUGUUUGAUCAUUUUAAGAUGAACAGAUUUGGAAAAAAUCCCAUCCCAAUGCCUGAAAAUUUGUUCCACUAUGAUGUGGAUCUUCUGGAGAUCAUAAAAUGGCUUAAAAAUGUACUUGGAGGAUAUGAAUCUUGGGAAAUUUGUAAUUUGAAUCAUGGGGAACUGUAAAACACCUUAGUAAGCUGUGGCAAUUCAAUGCUGUAAAUCCAACUUGCAAUAAGACCGUGGUUUAAAAGUUGGAUGUUUUAGUAUAUGUGAUCAACCACUUGUGUAAUCUAUAGUAUGUGUAAUCUGCUCUAGUAAAUAUAUCAUAUCAAAGCAACACAAAUGAGUCAAAGCAGUCAUAUUUCAUAAAUAAAUAGUGCACUCAUAUACAUGUAAAAGUAUCCUUGUAUUAAAUAAAACAAAUAUGAUUAUGGUUUUUGUAAUUCAGAAAGGGCUCAUCUCUUGGGAUGCCCAAAAGUCACUAGAGUUUAGGCAUAAUGGUGAUUCUGAGGCUGGAAAGAUUAGACUGGUUCAAGCUGACAGGAAGUGAUACUCAAUAAACCACUCUUUACAUCUGUGGUGGGCUGAAAAGCAUCUUAAAAUGUACAACACAUCGAUCCUUUGACCAGCUGGACUAUAAAAAACCGCAGCAUAAGACCACUCCUGUCAGCCAAGAACAGGAAUCUGAGGCUACUGUGGACACAAACUAGACAGCUGCAGAUUGGAAAAAUGUUGCCUGAUCUUUUUGUCAAUAAUCAACUGACCAGUGAUGGCGAGACGUAACCUGAUUCCUGUUCUUGGCUGACAGGAGAGAAAUCUGAUGUGGUCUUCUGCUGUUGUAACACAUCCGCCUCGAGGUUCAAAGUGAUGCUUUUCUGCUCACCACAUUGCAGCAGAGUUGCCAUUGCCUUCCUGUCAGCUAUGCAAUCAAAGUAAUUCUGGGGCUGUAGAAUGUAAAACCUUGUGACAUUUUAAAUCAUUGAUGUACAUGACAUCGAUUCCAUGGGCUCCAAAGAGUGUAGAUGAUCUCAUGUAGAAGCUCUCAUACCAAGAGCCUGCAGUGCAAACAAAGAUGUCAUUCAUGUUAUGUCCAUUGCUGUUGCAGUGUCUCCCCAAUGUAAGGAGAAAUCCAACAACUAGUCAGUCUCCUAUUGGUUUCCCAGAUGAAUGCAUGAGUUAGGGAAGUGACAAUAAGUCCUGCGGUGCUGCAUGCGGAAUGACGAGUGACAAAAACGGAUCAUUUUUUUUGCCCUGUGAUUUUAGUAGCUGAGUUAUAACUUUACAAUAUAAUGUUGAGCAUAUUGGUAGCGUAGUUAUUUCUUCUUUUGUCCCAUAAUGAGUUCUUUAAAAAAGAGAAGAAUUCACGCAGUUGUCCUUAAGGAGUUUGACAUUCGCAAUGCAAAUGCUUUUCAGUCUCAGUAGCUGUGAGAAAGAAAAAUGACAUUUCUGCAGUGAUUAGGCUGAGAAAUGUUGUAUUGUGCAUAUAGAUAUGUGGGUGCAUGUCCAGGAAUUAUUUUUUUUAUCUUUUGAACAAUUCCAAUGAACGAUUUAACAAAAACACAAAUUGUGCAUUGAAAUAUGAUCAAGAAUGAUCAGGUAUACCACAAAACAGAGCUAAUGGUCUUCAUAUAAUACAUCUCCUUUGUUUGUUGAGUAAUAUAUUAUAUACAUGUUUGCUGUACAUAUUAUUACAGCCAUUUGAUAAUAUGGAGCAUAUUUUGAUCAUGUAUUGCAUUAAAACAAACAGCUUGGCCAAAAAAAGGAGCUUACACAAAUAUCCUCUUUACCACAAAAUAAGACAUAUUUACGUUUAAGUUAAGUUUAGGCUUGUGCAACAUGCAUGCCUAAAUACAGUAAUUACACACUUUCUUGAAACCAGCUCCAGUUGUUCACAAUCUCUGUGUGGUUUCUGGCACCAUAUAAAACACUGUUAUAUAUAAAUAAGAGACCACUGCCCAAUCUCCAGAUUUGAACCCUAUUGAAACCCUCUGGAAUGUCAUCAAGAGGAAGAUGGAUGGUCACAAACCAUUAAGCAAAGCUGAGCUGUUUGCUUUUUUGCAAAAAGAGUGGUAUAAAGUUACCCAGCAGCCGUGUGAAAAACUGGUGGAGAGCAUGGAGUU